AUGUCACAUCUUGGACGACCCGAUGGCAAGAAAAACCCGAAGUUCACCCUGGCUCCUGUUGCUGACGAACUAAAAAAAGUUCUCGGAAAGGACGUGAAAUUCCUUACUGAUUGCAUAGGUCCGGAAGUGGAGGCGGCUUGUGCUGAUCCGGCUCCAGGAUCGGUCAUCUUGCUUGAGAAUUUGCGUUUCUACAUCGAGGAAGAAGGCAAAUGUACGAAUGAAAAAGGCGAAAAGUUGAAAGCGUCUCCUGAGGCCGUUGAGAAGUUCCGCGCCUCGCUAACCAAGCUCGGUGACAUUUAUGUUAACGACGCAUUUGGUACAGCCCAUAGAGCACACAGUUCAAUGGUCGGCGUGAAGCUGGAUACGCGUGCAUGUGGUUUCUUGAUGAAAAACGAGCUGGUUUACUUCGGAAAAGCCCUCUCUGACCCAGCAAGACCAUUCUUAGCUAUCCUGGGUGGUGCGAAAGUUGCCGACAAAAUCCAGCUCAUCAAAAACAUGUUGGAUAAGGUUAACGAGAUGAUUAUUGGUGGUGGUAUGGCGUUCACAUUCCUCAAAGUUGACCAGAAUGUUGAAAUCGGAAAGUCUUUGUUUGAUGAGGAGGGUGCAAAGAUUGUAAAAGACUUGUUGGCCAAAGCUAAGGAGAAGAACGUCCAAAUCCAUUUGCCAGUAGACUUUGUUGUUGCUGACAAAUUUGCGGAGGACGCGACAGCUAAAACUGCUACUCUGGCAGAAGGAGUCCCUGCUGGUCACAUGGGUCUAGACAUUGGUCCAAAAACCGAAGAGUUAUUUGCGGAGGCCGUUGCCAGGGCUAGGACGAUCGUAUGGAAUGGGCCUCCUGGUGUGUUCGAAUUUGAGAAGUUCUCCCACGGAACGAAAGCUCUUAUGGAUGCCGUCGUCAAGGCUACAACAAAUGGUGCCAUUACUAUCAUAGGUGGUGGCGACACGGCGACUUGCUGUAAGAAAUUCAAAACCGAGGACAAAGUGAGCCAUGUUUCCACAGGAGGGGGCGCCAGUCUUGAGCUUCUGGAAGGGAAAGUUCUGCCCGGAGUCGAGGCACUCUCUCCGGCUUCAUAG